AUGUGCGGUCGGAUCGGUCGCACUUUUCUACUUCAACUUGGUUUUUAUGCGAAUGAACCAACAGUGUAAAGUCACGCUAGCAGCGUGGCAGUCCGAAGUUACACCGAUAAACAGCUACCGGCACGGCUGCUCUACUUACAUCAGACGUGGCAAAGCUGUCUCUGUGACAGAGUGACGUCCACGGCGUAAAUACGACGUCUUAGGUGUUUCUCUCUACUUCCAUACCCCACAGUGCUACACAAUCUCGAUUCUGAGAUCGAAAAACGGAGCCUGAUUUGACGUGGUCCUGUCUGCUAAUGAUGUUCAAUGAGCAGAGGGUCGGGAAGGGAUAAGGGGCGGUUAACUCUAUUGAUUUUUGGGGUGACACUGUCAACUCCCGCCGAGUUCGCGGAGGAAAAAAAUAUACACACGGGUAUACUCGAAAAAUUAACAAUUUCUCUGUUCGAUGGCUAAUCUCACCUACGGAAAGUUUCGGAAGUUUCCAAUUUAUUUGGAAGUUUUCUCGGUUAAAUUUGUUGUGUUUGUGAUUGUGUUUUGAAUUUGAAACCGGUGGUGGAAUGUGUCGUUCGUCGGGUGUUCACGGCUCCAACAACGCUGAUGUUCGUCACAUCAACAUCACUCAGUGAAAAUGGCAAUAGGUGGCUUCUCGGAGGAUCAUUUUUGCAGAAGGCCCAAGAAGAAACUCAGUUGACGCUUUUGCAAUUGCUCCUUUACUAGAAAAAGCUUACGGCAAAGCCGACAAAGGUGGGCGUUCACAUAUUGUCCUAAUAAACACCAGAGUAGCACUUAAAAAUUUACAAAUAUAUAAUGCCUAUAAAUGGGGUUUCCCAAUAUUUUUUUUAUACAUCCUACAAUCGCUUUAUCAAAAUAAAAGGGUAAUUUUAACGUCAUUUUAUUACCCUAACCUACAAAUGUUAAAUUAAUAAACAACAUGCAAACAUUUUAGCGGACAAUUAAUACUUUCUUGAAAAUCAUAAAUUAGGUGUAUCGUGCAAUUUAUAGAUGACUAUUUUGAUAUUACGACCGGCAAAAAGCCGACUGUGUAGGUGCUUUGUAAACAUAACAAUGGCGGCUCCUAAACAUGCGCCUUCAACAUGCACUGUUUAUUAGGUUCCUAGAUGAUUCUUGUGUAGUUCUCUAAGAAAUUAAUGUAGUGUAUUCUUGUUAUAUUGAUUGCAAAACGGUUUAAUGUGUAAAAUUUGCUUAGUGACUAUAGUGACAAACAAAUGUGCGAUGGCAUAAAUACUUAGUUUAUAUAAAAAUUGGAUAUUUAAAGCAGGAAUUAUGUGGACUCAUCUACCAACUCAAAAACUCAUCAACAAGGCCAAAAUUACUUCUUGGAUGUUGAAGCGAUGAAACAAGUCCGAGUACCGAGAAAAUCAAAAUGCCCUAGCCGUCGAGUAGCGCCUCCCAUAACGCUGCCAGUCACCCUGGAGGACCCUGCCACUAAUUGGAAGGGACCGCCACCCGGUUCGGAACCCCAAAACUUUUCUCAAGGAACAGGCAACUCGUUUUCUGGGCCGCCGGCUGGCUUCCAAGGACCCUCGCCAUUUCAAGGCCCACCGGCGGGGGCCGGGUCGCCAGCCGGCGCACCUCCUUAUCAGGGGGGUCCUCCUCCAGGUUCUAAUACUCCUCAAUAUACCGCAUCACCGGCUCCAUCGGGUUCUUCAACCCCUGGACCUGGUCCACCGCCGAACGCAGGCUUCCCCCCUCCCCCGAAUAGUACCGGACCGCCAUACAAUGGCCCCGGACCGGGCCCUUUUGGCUCACCCUCGGCUGGAGGACCUCCAUUCGGCCGUCCCGGGUCGUCAGGACCACCGUUCGUUGGCGGCCCGGGACCUACUGGCAAUCAUUUUCAACAUUUUGGACCUGGCCCUGGUUUUGGUAUGCCGCCGGGGUCACCGUUCGGUCCUGGCCCAGGACACCCUAUGUCUGGACCUAUGGAACCAGGUCACGGCAUGAUGUCCCGUCAAAUGGGCGGACCUAUACCUGUAGAGCAAGGGUCUCUUCCAGUUCCAAGGCGGCACACACCUUAUUUUGGUCAACCAGAUUAUCGGAUCUAUGAACUCAAUAAAAGGCUACAGCAGAGAACUGAGGAUAGUGAUAACCUUUGGUGGGAUGCAUUUGCAACGGAAUUUUUCGAAGACGAUGCAUCUCUAACCUUAGCAUUUUGUUUAGAAGAUGGACCCAAACGAUACACUAUUGGAAGGACGUUAAUUCCAAGGUACUUUAGGAGUAUAUUUGAAGGUGGAGUGACUGAAUUGUAUUAUAAUAUGAAACACCCUAAGGAGUCCUUCCACAAUACUAGUAUUACUCUGGACUGUGAUCAGUGCACUAUGAUAACACAUCAUGGUAAACCUCUAUUUACUAAGGUGUGUACAGAGGGCCGCUUAAUUCUAGAAUUUACUUUUGAUGAUUUAAUGAGGAUAAAAUCGUGGCAUUUCGCCGUUCGAACACAUCGAGAGUUGAUCCCAAGAACGGUAGUUGGCAUGCAUUCCCAGCAGGAUCCGAAUAUGUUAGACCAAUUGUCAAAAAACAUUACGAGGCAGGGCAUCACGAAUUCUACGCUUAAUUAUUUGAGGUUAUGUGUGAUAUUAGAACCUAUGCAGGAGCUUAUGUCUAGACAUAAGGCAUACGCUUUAAGUCCCAGGGACUGCUUGAAAACGACGUUAUUUCAGAAAUGGCAAAGGAUGGUUGCGCCGCCGGGUAAGAGAGAAUCCCAGAGGCCGGCAAAUAAAAGACGGAAACGGAAAGGUUCCAAUUCAGGAGGAGCGGCCAACAAUACCACGCCAGCACCAAACAAAAAAAGAUCUCCAGGGCCUAAUUUUUCCUUAGCCUCACAGGACGUAAUGGUUGUGGGUGAACCUUCGUUAAUGGGGGGCGAAUUCGGAGAUGAGGACGAGCGACUCAUAACCAGGCUAGAGAAUACCCAGUACGACGCUGCUAAUUCUUUAGACCAUGACAACCACGGCUUCCAUGCUGACUCACCUAUGCCAGGAUCCAAUUCGUGGGGAGCGGGAGUGGGCGAUAGGGGGGGACCGGGGGUCAGUGCCUCGCAAGGAAAUACCCCAUCCAACCAGGACUCUGAUAAAAAAUCCCCCGCAGUGAGCCAGUGAUAAUAGUUCAUUAUUAUAAACUGUAGAAUCUCCGAGUCAGUAUUUUUAAUGUACUUCAAGUAUUUGAGUGACUGGUUUGAAUUAUUAAAAAAAAAAUCUAUAUCAAUUAACGUUUUAAAUCGUCAUUAAGUGAUUAUUAAAUAAUGAAUAUUACCUAUUAUAUUUUAAUCUCAUUUAAUUUCGAUAUGUCUGUAUGAUUAUUUUCGUUUUUUUUUUUUUUUUUUUGUAUAUAAAAAUAUAUCAACAAAAUUUUACCAAUUCCGUUUUAAAAUAAACGUUUAAUUUAUUUAAUUAUUAUAAAAUAUAUUUUAUAUUGAAAUUAAAUGAGUACAGAAUUUAAAUUACUAAUUAAAGUUGUUUGGUUAUAAAUGAUUGUUAUAUAACUUGAAUUCUAGAAUUUGUUUAGAUAUUUUGACCGUAAACAAUUAAUUUUAAAAAUUUGGUUAUGUUUAUCGAUUUUCCCAAUAGAAUUAGAUAAAGACGCAGUACAAAUUUAACUAAAUUUUAUGCAAGACUGGCGAAUACAAUCUUUAAUAGCGUUUUUUCUAUAUGUUUCUUCUGGUUUUUGUUUAUACCUCAAUAACUAUUUAAAUGCCACUGUUAUCUUAUUGAUUGAGGGAAUAGUAAAGGGUCUAUUGACUCGGGGCAUCUUGGAUGUUUAUUCAUAAACUCAUUAUCAACAAAUUAAUAUAAUAAUUUGUUACAGUCCGUCACUAUUUGCCACCUCCAAACUUUCGAACGUUUUUUGUUGUAGGUAUAUUCCCCCGUAUUUUUCGAUUAAGGUAAAAGCUAACUGGAAAGACUGAAGUGGUUUUGCGGGUCUCCAAAUUAGAAUGUUUUACGACUCCCAAAGAUGUUCAAUAUGGCUUGAUUCAGGAUUUAACGAAGGCUUAUCUGUGGUAUUGAAGGUAUCGAAGGAAGUUCAUAUUAAUCAUUCCUGAUUUUCCCACAAUAAUAUUAUCUUAUUGCGGUUUUUAACACCUUUUUCUUGGUAUUUUGCUAGUGGUUUAAGUUUGUAUUGCUUUGGGGUAAACCACUAAGGUCAAAACGUAAAAAAAAAACAUUAAAAUUAGUAUUAUAUGGGGAAAUCGACCAUAAUUUUAAAUAAUUUUGGAAAUUGCACUUAAUUUUAUACGAUUUUGCAAAAAUCAUAUAUAUUUUUUUCUAUGAAUGGUCAAGAAUUUAUUUAUAUUUUGUUUCUUUUGAAAUUUUCGUAAUUUGUAAGGACACAACAAAAUUUUUUCAUUAAAAAAUUCUUCUAUUUCGUGGUAUUUGGUAAGAUGAAGUCAAAUCUGUUUUUAAAAUGUAUAUUUUAACAAUCAAAACGAUUUUUGUUCAUUUUUCAACACCUAAAUAGUGAUUUCGGUGAUAAUUUGGGGGAUUUUAAGAGAAUUUGUAGCAAUUUCGUUUAUUUCAAAUGAAUGGUUUAGCUCUCGAACUUUCUCUACUUAAUUUACACCUUCUUUAGUGCUUAUAAUUAUUAUAGAAUGGAAUAAAUGCAUAUAAAUGUAUUCAUAAUAUUGCUGCUUGGCACUGAUAGUCACACAACUUGAAAAAAAAACAAAACCCUUCUACUACACAGAAAUGUUCUGCAUUGUAUAUAAUACGUCACAUCUAACAAUUAGCAGAAUAUCUACGAUAUUCUCGCGCAAAAUUUUAUCAAGUAAACUGAAUUAAAAUUACAGGCUAAAAAUCUAAAUAUUUUAUAAUCGUUAGGAAGAUUAUUUUGAAAAAAUUGCUGGGAGUUUUAAAACCGUUGUAUUGCAUUGUAGGUACUUUAUUUGUGGAAAUACUAAUACCCUUAAGUAGGUAAAUACCUAAUACUGCUCUAGUUAAAUGCUAAAUUUGUAUAUUGUAGUGAAAAUCCCUACCUAAUAUACACAGUAAUUCAUAUAAACGCAUAUUAUUUUUGUUUUUAUAUGUUUAGCAUCUUGUUUUUAAGAAUAAGUGUAAAAAAGGUCGGUCUAUAGUGAUGUGUAUGUGUAAUUUUGCCUUUGAAUUAUUAGAAUAUAAAUACGAGUUUAAAAUAUGUAUCAAAUUUGUAUACCACUGGCAUUUAAAAAAUUAUUGAGAUACAAACAAAUGUUCCUCUAAAUCUUUUGACCAAAAAAACCUAUAAUGGACCAUUUAAUCUUUGGAGCCAAAAUUAUUUUAUUUUUUUUUAAUCUGUAUUCAAAGCAAGAUGUAUAUCAGAAAAGACACAUGUUGCUCUGAAAACAGAUUAAAACAAAACAUAGUUUUGUCUUUAAAGACUGGGGCGGUAUCAGUUGCCCACCCUGUAUAACCAACCCCAUAAAAUCAGUAGUCAAUUUUGCGAUUUCUUUCAUUUUAUAGAAAAAACGCCAUUGAAGCGAUGUGCUUUUAAAAAUUUUAAAUCAAAUAAAUACAUUCAACAAUUUUAUUUAGAUUUUAACUGUAAAUAGUUUUUGAAUUGAACCCUGAAUGGAAAUAAAUAAAAAACUAUGGAUGUAAAAAGAGGUUUAGGAGAUAUUUGUAAAUUUUAUAUGAGAAAAAUACUUGAAGUAUAAAACCGAGAUAGCCAGUGACAUUUAAUUGUUUUACAUAAUUUAAUUUUUUCUAUCAAAAAAAUUAAACAAGUGCAAGAAGAUUUUUAGGAGUGAGAUAAGACAGCGUGCUGAGAGUGAUAAUACUAGAAAUUGAUACUUGAUUGUGCUGACAAUGCUAAAAUGAACUAUAAAGACGGAUGUUUUAGUGUUGACACUACAAGCAGGGGUCCUCUAUUUGCACCCGAAAUAGUGCAAUUUAAAAUAAAAAAAAAUGGUUUCUUUUGGAACCGCCACCAUAUGUACCUCUACAGAAUGAAUGUGACUGGUUUUGAAUGGCAGCUCAUUUUGUACAGUAGUUUAAAACAUCACACUGUAUGUUGUUUGUGUUCCGAAAAAACACAUUUCCACACACAGAAAAUUGUCCAGGUAUAUUGUGUAAGAUUAGAACUAAUUAAAUUAAUAUGGUGAAAUUCUGUUGUCUUUUUGUUCAUCGAAUUUACUUCAAGCAUUGAAACUAUUAGAUAAUUGGUAUAUAUGUAAUAUAAUAUUUUAUAUUUACUUCUUAUUUAUUCGUUGUAGUCAUCCUUCAAAUGUCCCUAUUUAAGAGAUUUAUUUUAAACAACGGUCAAAUGUGCACUACUAUGAAGAGUUUAUAUUGGAUAAAGACAGCUUUGGAGAAAUAUUGGUUGUGUUAGCUCUGUUGGAAGAGAAAAUAAGUGUGGUUCAUUAUUACAGCAAUAUAUCAAAUAUGGAGUCAAUUUCUGCUUGAUGGGUCUAUGGACAACAGAUAUGCUCGAGUCCAAAGAUGAGUCUUUACUAUUAGAUAAUGGUAAAUUGGAUAAAAAUGCAGGAAUUUUCCAAAUAAGAAGCGACAUUGUUUUCUAGUGAAACAGAAGUUUGAUCAUCCAGCAGUAAUAUUAUUGUGCAGAGCACCUGUAAGAGUGUUAAAAGCAACCAGGAGAAAAAUAUCAUAUUCCACACACUAAAUGAAUUGAUGUAGAUGACAUCGCCAUAAUUUAAUUUUAAUUAAGUCAUGCAAUAACUUUGAUAACACGAAUUACAAUUUUUCUGAUUAUUUAAAGGCAUAUCUGUUUGCUAGACUAAUUGAAAUGAUUUUGUUG